AUGCUUGAUCCGCAGGUGACCUCCUUCGCGACAGGCGGGCUGGCCGUGUGUCUAGUCGGUCUGGUCUCUAUACCUGCUAUCAAGAGUAUCACCAGCCGAGUCGCGCGCAAGGCGGCCCGGGAAGAGGAGCAGUCACUGGCAAAGGGCGCCUAUCGGGAUGAAGACGGCGAAGCAACCGAGGAAUCGCUGCGGGCCUUUUCGGAUAAAUGGCAGCGAAUCUUGAUCACCCUGACCUCGAUCUCCGGACUGCUGGUCACUCUGGCUUUGGCCGUUCUGACAACGUUGAAGUACAAUGCCGACUACACGCCGCUCGUAUGGCUGCAAUUCGGUGUCUGGAUCUUUCUCUCUAUUCAAACGGUCGUCUUUUUCACAGAGCCGCGGCCAACACGCCGAUUUGACCACGCCGGCUACGCACUUUGGGGCAGUCUCAUCGCCGUAGCACUUCCGGGUGCGCAGAUUGCCCUGGCAUCGUACGGCGGCAGAACUCUUCCUCAAACCCGGUCCUGGGUCAUUCUGCUGAUCGUGCAAAUUGCCUGCGCACUCUUCCGAGGCUUCUUCUGCGCUAUCCUACCGCGCCGACCAGACGUGUAUUUCGAGGGCCAGGUGGUGGACCAGCAAUUCACCGUCUCCGUACUCAGUCGAUUCUCAUUUACCUGGGCCAGCACGCUUCUCCAGUAUGCAGUCAAAAAUAGGACACUGGAUAUCGAGAGUAUUCCGAAGCUGCCAUUACCCGUGCGCGCACACAGCCUGCGAGCCAACUUCGAGCGAGCCCUGGGAUCGCGAAAGAUCUGGAAAGCGAUUAUAUUUGCUCACUACAAGUCCAUUGGUCUGCAGAUGAUGUUGACUCUGGCCGCCUGUAUCCUGAGCUUUGGUCCCCAGGUCGCGUUGUAUAACAUCUUGAACUCGAUGGAAGCCCGCGGAACGGAAUCGUGGGCUGCCCUCCAGUCGUGGAUGUGGGUCUUUGCCUUGGGAAUCAUGAUGCUGGUUUCUUCCAGCGUUGACUCAUGGUUGUUCUGGGUGAUUUGCUACCGGAUUGGCCUUCCCAUCUACGAAUCACUCUCCGCCACAAUCUUUGCCAAGGCUAUGCGAAGGAAAGAUGCUAAGCAUACAAAGAAAUCGAAAGAUGCGGAUACUAAGCCCGACGCCUCAUCCAAGGCACUGCUGGAAGAACCGGAAGAAGACGACGACGAAGAGGCCAUGAAGAAAAGCCGACAGAGCGUCAUCAACCUUGUGGCCGUGGACGCUAGGCGGAUUGCGGACUUUGCGACCUUUAACUACCUCAUCCCGCUUGCGAUAACCAAGGUGCUUCUGGGCUGCGCUUUCUUGGUCAAGAUUCUCGGAUGGCGCAGCACCCUGGCCGGUCUGGGUGUUUCGCUUCUCGUCACGCCGUUGAAUAUCUACGUCGCCAAGAAGUUUUCCAAUGCCCAGGACCGACUGAUGAAGGCCCGAGAUCAAAAAAUGGCCGUCGUGACCGAGGUCCUCCAGGGGAUCCGGCAGAUCAAGUUUUCUGCUCUCGAGGAGCAGUGGCAGAAUCGCAUUGGGGAAGUGCGGGAGACGGAGCUGGCGGCUUUGUGGUCCUCGUUCCUCUAUGAUAUCGGCCUGAUCUCAAUUUGGAUUCUCGGGCCUGUCGGGUUGUCAGCCGUAUCUCUCACGGUGUAUGCUGUGAUUCACGGUGGUUUGGAAGCGUCAGUCGCUUUCACGGCCAUGUCAGUCUUUGGUGCCCUGGAGUUAUCGCUGGCUAUUAUCCCAGAACUAAUGGCCGAUGGUCUGGAAGCCAAGGUCAGUGCAGACCGCAUCGACAAGUACAUGAAGACGCCUGAUAAAGUCGUCAACACGGUCCCUGCUGAGAACAUCGCCUUUGAAAAUGCCUCGGUAGCAUGGCCCGCAGAUCAAACAGAGGACGAGGCAGUUGAUGAGGACCGGUUUGCACUUCGCAGUUUGGAUGUGGCUUUCCCCAUGAAGGGUCUCAGUGUCGUAUCCGGCCGAACUGGAUCUGGAAAGAGCCUGCUGCUUUCAUGCCUUCUGGGAGAAUGUGAAGUCCUCGAAGGGACCGUCAAAGUCCCCGUUCCUCCUCCCAUCAGUGAACGUUUCGAUCACCUGGCAACCUCGGCUAACUGGAUCAUCGACUCUGCCAUCGCCUACGUUGCCCAGAUUCCGUGGAUUGAAAACGCAUCGAUCAAAGACAAUAUCCUGUUCGGGCUGCCGUUCGACCCAGAGCGCUACCAGAAGGUGUUAUUCGCAUGUGCCCUGCAAAAAGAUUUCGACAUGCUUCCUGAUGGCGAACUAACAGAUAUCGGCGCCAAUGGCGUCAAUCUCAGCGGUGGCCAGCGAUGGCGCGUAUCAUUUGCUCGAGCAUUGUAUUCUCGCGCGGGCAUUCUUAUCAUGGAUGAUAUCUUCAGCGCCUUGGAUGCCCACACGGGCCGUCAUGUCUAUGAGCAUGCUCUUACUGGGGAGCUUGGUCAGAACCGCACUCGGAUUUUGGUGACGCAUCAUGUCGCCCUGUGUCUUCCUCGUACGGACUACUCGGUGCUUCUGGAAAACGGAUGUGUCAAGUAUGCGGGCACGAUUGAUGAGCUUAAAAAGUCAAAUCACCUGGAAGAUAUCCUGCGAGAAGAGAAUGCUGUGGAAGAGGGGGGUCAUGUUGCCGCCGAGGGCGAUGAGAUUCUCAAUGACGAAGAAACAACUCUUCAGAAGGUGAUCUCGAAUACCUCUCAUCAGCAUCCGAGUACGGGAAUGAACGGUGCUACUGCUGCUGAGCCAACGAGCACCAAAACCCCCAGGAAAUUCGUGGAAGAAGAGAAGCGCGAGACUGGCAGGGUCAAGCUGGCCGUGUACGCGGCUUAUCUGUCCCAGGCUGGCCAUUGGAGUUACUGGCUGCUGGCAAGUGUGGUCUACGUCGGAAAUUCGGUGCUCAUGGUCGGACGAGCGUGGUGGGUCAAUGUCUGGACCAGUUCUUCGUCCAACACACAGGCGCAUCCCGAGCAGUUCUCUGCUCUCCUGCAGCACCCGAUGAAUGCAACGAGAACGACUCGCGGAGACGACAAUCUUGCCAUGUAUCUAAGCAUCUAUGUCGGCAUUUCAGUGCUUGCCUGUGUGGUUGGCACAGCCAGAUACUAUUUUAUACUCAACGCCGCCGUCAAGGGAUCGAGGAACUUGUUCAAAGGGCUGGUUUUCGCCGUGCUUCGCGCUCCGCUCCGGUGGCUGGACACCGUUCCCCUUGGACGAAUUCUCAACCGAUUCACUGCAGACUUCCACAUGAUCGACUCCCGACUCGGGUACGAUAUUGGAUUCACGGCUACCAAGCUUCUGGAGGUGAUCGGGGUCCUGGUUGCCGGCAUGCUUGUCUCGCCCGUGGUCAUCAUCUUUGCCGUGGCUCUGCUUUUGGUCUCCCUCAAGCUGGCUCUGACCUAUUUGGCUGGGGCGCGAGAGAUUAAGCGUAUUGAGUCGAUCGCCAAGAGCCCCGUGUUUGAGCAAUUCGGGUCCAGUCUGGCCGGCUUGGUGACCAUCCGCGCCUUCAGCAAGAGCGAGACCUACAUUGGAGUUAUCUACAACAAGAUCAACCGCCAUGCCCAGGCUUGGUGGUAUAUGUGGCUGUUCAAUCGCUGGCUUGGCUUCCGCAUGAACCUCAUCGGUGCCGUCUUCGCAACUUUCACCGCGGCCCUGGUCGUUUACAUGCCCGGUAUCACAGCCUCUCUGGCAGGAUUCGCUCUUAGCUUUGCUCUGCAGUUCAACUCUGCCAUCGCAAUGGCGCUGCGCCAGUAUGCUAGCACCGAGUUGAACAUGAACGCUACCGAGCGCGUUAUCGAAUAUUCGUCCAUCGAGCUUGAGAACCAGGGCGGUGCCGACGCGCCCGCUGCCUGGCCCACGGAAGGACGGCUGGAGGUGACUGACUUGGUGGUUGGGUAUGCGCCAGACCUACCUCCCGUGCUGAAUGGACUGAGCUUCACCGUCGAAAAGAACCAGCGAGUCGGUGUGGUCGGCCGGACAGGUGCGGGCAAGUCUUCAUUGACUCUGGCCCUGUUCCGCUUCCUUGAAGCGCGGGCAGGCCAAAUCCUGAUAGAUGGACUCGAUGUGUCCAAGAUCAAGCUUCAUGAUCUGCGCAGCCGGUUGGCCAUCAUCCCGCAGGACCCGGUUCUGUUCUCCGGGACGGUGCGCUCGAACCUGGACCCGUUCGGCGAAUAUAGUGACCAAGAUCUGUACGAUGCAUUGGCACGCGUGCACUUGAUAUCGUCUACCUCUGACGACGACGAGACUCUGACUUCGCGCACAGCCACGCCACGCCACCCAGGCAGCACCGGUGCAACGACCCCAGACACAGCUACCGCAACCGCCAACGCCAACACUAACAUUUUUACAUCACUCAGCGCCACGAUCUCCGAGGGUGGCCUCAAUCUCUCCCAGGGUCAGCGGCAGCUCCUGUGUCUGGCCCGGGCUAUCGUCGCCCGCCCCAAGAUCAUGGUGCUGGACGAAGCCACCUCUGCCGUGGACAUGGAAACCGACGCCCUGAUCCAGACGUCCAUCCGCGCGGAGUUCGGACGCAACGCAACCACCCUGCUGGUCAUCGCGCACCGACUGAGUACGAUUGCGGAUUUCGAUCGGAUUCUUGUCCUGGAUGCCGGCAAGGCGGUUGAGUUUGGCUCUCCAAAGGAUUUGAUGGGUAUUGAAGGAGGGGUGUUCAAGAACCUGGUGGAUAACAGUGGAGAGAAGGAUGUGUUGCAAAAGAUGAUUUUCGGUUGA